CGCAGCAGGGAAGCUGCACCUUAGCUGGCAUUUGCUGUGAGUCAGAGGGAGCAGAGGUCACUUGUAGAGCACAUAUAAAGUAGGAGAACCAGGAAAAGGACACGUGCCUGCUGGGACAAGGACAGCUUGGAAAACCACAGACUGCCUGCAGGGACCUGAGCCCGUGCUGACAAUGUCCUCUCAAACUGUGAUUACAGUCCAGCCCCAGUUCUCAGCUGUCCAGCAGUCGGGGGAGUGGCAGACAGGGCUGCUGGACUGCUGCUCCGACUGCGGCGUGUGUCUCUGUGGGACGUUCUGCCACCUCUGCCUGAGCUGCCAGGUGGCCGGGGACAUGGAUGAGUGCUGCCUGUGUGGCAGCAGCGUGGCCAUGAGGACCCUGUACCGCACCAGAUACAACAUCCCAGGCUCCAUCCUGGGAGAUUUCUGCGCCACCUGGUGGUGCAGCCCGUGCGCCCUCUGCCAGCUGAAGAGGGACAUCAACCGCAGGAAGGAGAUGGGCACAUUCUGAUGCUGCCAUCUUCAGUGCUCCCUGUGGAGCCACUGCAGGCAGGAGCUGCUGCUGCCCUGGAUGUUGGAACAUGCACCGUGAGGAGUUUGCCUUUGCUGUGCUCCAUCCCCUCUUCCCAGGAUAAAGGCGGCAAUAAAAGCAUUGUC